AUGAACUCAAAAAAUAACUCUACAGAAAUCAAAGUUUCUGCUGUUCAUGAUGAGCCAGCGUGUGUCAUUGCCAACUUCUUUAAAGGUUUUAAUGCCCCAAGAGACACUGAAUGUAAAUUAUAUAAAAAGCGUAAACACGUCGACAUUGAUGAUAUUGAGGAUUCCAAGCAACAACCAGAAUAUCUCCUACACGGGGAAAAUGAAAGGUUAGAAUAUGAUGCCUCUUCAAAUAAUUUCGAACCAUCCCAGUAUAUCGUUGGUAUUUAUAACCCAAAAGAAAAAAAAAUUGAAUUAUACAAGGCCCCAUUCGUCUCCAACGCUACGGUUAUUGCUAAAUCCAAGAAAUAUUUAAGUGGUCCUAAGAUUAAACAAGCCAAGGAUGUUCGUGCUUCUACCAUGAGAAAUGCUUUAGGUGAAGCUUUUGGUACCAAGAAAGCUAAAAAAGCCAUUGCUGAUUUGGAGAGGAAUCGUGUAGAUGCCACUAAGUUGGCUGAUAAUGUUAUUGACAUUGUGGAUAGUGUCAACAUUGCUGUUCAGAACUUGCCAACUAGACAGCAAUUGGAUGAUAACAUUGAAAGACCAAUUCCAGCUUGCAACGUUGAUGCCACGGAUGUUGAAAAUGUUUAUCCUAUCUCCAGUAUAAUACCGAAGAAAGAGUGGCAAUUUAUCCGUUGCAACUCAAUAAUGAAGGAAACAGACUUAUCCUUAAAAUUAGAACUACUACCAUAUUCCAAAGGACAGUAUAUUACUAAAAAAUUGGGUAAUUUCAAUUCAGACACACCAAUGAGAAAAUGGCAAUUGUUAUAUUACCUAUCUUUGUUGCUAGGUGUAUAUGAUAAUAGAAGAUCUCAUAGUAAGGAAAAAUUGUUGGAAAAAUUAAAUGGUCCACCAGAUGCCCUAGUAGAUGGUAUUUUGGAUAGGUUUACCAUUCUAAAACCGGGGGUUUUUGGUAGAUCCAAAGAUAGGUCCUUUGUUAUUGACCCACAAAACGAAGAUAAAUUGUUGUGUUACAUUUUAUGUUGUAUUUUACAUUUGGAUAAUUUUAUGGUUGAAAUAACCCCAUUGGCUCAGGAACUAGGUAUGAAACCAAGUAGAUUAGUUGCCUUAUUUAGAACAUUGGGUUGUAUAGUCAAGGGUGCUACCGUAUCGCAAGCUGAAGCUUUUAACAUUCCAAAAAGUACGGCUGCUUCAUAUAAGAUUGCUACUUUGAAAGUUCCAUUUAAAUUACCUGAAAUGGCAAGAAGAGGAAGAAGACGUCAAUGA